AUGGCUUUCCGAACCUCCCCAACCAACCUCACCAGACUGAUCGUGCGGCCGACGACAUGGCAAUCCUUACCGAACAACGUACGACAUUAUAGCGCCCCUAUGGACGGCAGCAUCCCAGCUGCAAAGCAGAAAUAUAUACCCACGAGUGGAACGUAUCCAAAAGGAUUUCUCGUUUCUGGCACGCACGUUGGAGUCAAACCUACAAACAAAAGCACUCCAGAUCUAGCUUUCCUAGCCUCAGAGACACCAUGUGCGGCGGCAGCAGUAUUCACGAAAAAUAAGUUUCAGGCCGCCCCUGUCACCGUCAGCAGGGAAAUGCUUAAAAGGAGGAAGAACACUGGGGUUAGAUCUGUUAUCAUCAAUUCUGGAUGUGCCAAUGCCGUAACUGGAAAGGGUGGUUUAGAAGACGCAGAGAAGAUGGGCGCUGAGGCCGAUAGAUGUUUUGACCUUCCUAGUGAUGGUAAGGGCGGGAGCACUAUAGUCAUGAGCACGGGAGUUAUUGGACAACGACUACCCAUUCAAAAGAUUCUGCACAAGAUCCCUUCGGCAUAUGACUCUCUGGGAUCUUCGCACGAUCACUGGCUAGCUACUGCAAGGGCGAUAUGUACAACAGAUACGUUUCCAAAGCUUGUCUCCCGGACUUUCUCUCUCCCCUCCUCCCCAUCGAUCGAGUACAGAAUGGCGGGUAUGACAAAGGGUGCAGGAAUGAUUCAUCCAAACAUGGCUACACUGCUUGGAAUGAUUGUCACCGAUGCGCCAGUGGCACCGUCGCUCUUGCCGUCACUAUUAACUAACGCGGUCAACAAAUCCUUCAACAGCAUAUCUAUCGAUGGAGACACGUCUACCAAUGAUACGGUAGCGCUUCUUGCCAACGGAGCUGCUGGAGGGCAAGAAAUUACUUCCGACACAUCUGUAGACUAUGCUAGCUUUCAGAAGACACUUAGCGAAUUUGCUACGGAUCUUGCUAAACUCGUCGUGAGAGACGGUGAGGGAGCUACUAAAUUCGUGACAAUCCGGGUGACAGAAUCGCCUUCAGAGGUAGGAGCUCGUAAGAUCGCAAGCACCAUUGCAAAAUCGCCUCUAGUCAAAACAGCACUUUACGGAAAGGAUGCAAAUUGGGGCCGCAUCUUGUGUGCAACUGGCUACUCUCAAAUUUCUGAGCCAGGUAUGCCAGAGACUGAAGUUUCGGAAAUUGUACCGGAAAAAACAAGUGUCUCCUUCAUUCCAUCAGAUGGGUCUCCCGAAUUGAAGCUUCUCGUCAACGGUGAGCCGGAGAGUGUAGAUGAAACCCGAGCUGCAGAGAUUCUAGAACACGAAGAUCUGGAGAUCUUGAUCAAACUUGGGGGUGGACAGGAAGAAGCCGUAGUUUGGACAUGUGAUUUCAGCCACGAAUAUGUCACUAUCAAUGGUGACUACCGAACAUAG